AUCAGCCAAACGAUCGUUCUUGUCACUGAAUUCUCCAGGCGGAUCAGCAAACGCUAAAGAGCUGUGAGUGUGUAGCUGUGAUUAUAAAUACGAGCUCCAGGCCCAGAGUCCCAAGCAGUUGAGCCCAGAAGUUGGUCGAGGCAACACUGGUUAUAGUUCUUCUUCAUUUGCUCAAGUGUUUUAAAUUUCUUUUGCUUUCUCGAUACAGCCAAGUGAUCAAGAGUACAGGCUGCAAGUGGAGUGUUUGGUGAGAUUGUGGCAUUAUUGUGUGUAGCAUCUCAAGUGAAUCCGAAGGAAAAGCUGAUAGCAUAAGAGUGUGAAUUGUUGUUUUUUUUGUGAGAGGUGAAAAGUUUGUUUCGAGGGAAAAAUAUGGAGCGUUUCCCUUCAAUUUCUCUGCUUCUUCUGGCCAGUCUCCUCGUUGCAUUUGUGGCCAGUGAAGAGUUUGACGAUGUGGCUCGAGCUGCAUCACCUGGAUUUGCCGAUGGAUUCAACCAGUGGCACUCGGGAUUGCUAGAUUUCACCGGAACGCAGGGUCUCUACUGGCCUCACCAGUUGAGCCCUGAAUUCCGCGAUGGUAGCCCUUUUGGUGGACGGCAGCCGGCUGUUGAGCACAUCCCUGUAAAGGCUGAAGAAUCCAUGGAUGGCAAGCCUGAUCGCGAUUCUGAACCCGUUGAUGUUGAGUUCAUCAGUGGAUCAAUUGGCAAUCCUGAUGAUACUCAAGUUCAGAUUGACAAUCGUCCUCCCGUGCAGGCCUAUCCCUCUUUUGGUGCCGGCUUCGGAGAUACUCUCUUCCAGCACACUUUCAGCAAUUUCCCGGGAUUCAACAACUUCUUCCCCGGCUUCAAUUUCAACACCCCUCAGCUUGGACUCUGGUGGAGAGGACCCAAUGUAUGCACAGAGAAGGAGGAAGAUGUUGAGGAAUGGGACAGAGAAAUGCUCUCUGGAUUGUCACUGAACUUUGAGUCGUGCGUGGAGAAGCCCAACAAGCAUGUCUGCAAAACUAUUUCCAAUCGCAAUGGCCAGAAGUACACGGUGACCGUUACUCACAAGUGCUGCCAUGGAUACGAACGAGCCAGGGACGGAGGACGCGGUACCACCUGCAAAAAGGUCGAUCUUCAGUCCAUUGAGGAGACGGCAGAGAGUCUGGGAGCCAAGGAAUUCAUGAAGAGUGUCAAGAACAAUGGACUCAGCGAGAGAAUCACCGAAAAUAUCACAAUGUUUGUCCCCCUUGAUUCCGCAUUCACAGAUUUCUCCGAGAAGAUGUUUGAGUCGAAUCUCGUGGUUCUUCCUCUGUCGAGGAGUCGGAGGGCUACAAAGGAUGUUUCGGGGAUUACAACGAGGGAACUUGCUCUGGCUCACAUUGUCGAUGGAUUCGUGAGGAUUGAGGAUGUUCAGAAUGAACAACUCCUGACCACGUCCUUUGAGAACUCCACCAUUCGCAUGAACAUCUUCCCACGUCCUCCAACCUUCGACAGCCAUGACUUCCGCUACACAGCCAAUUGUGCUCCCCUCCUGAAGGUCAACAAAGUGGCCACCAAUGGGAUUGUUCACGUGGUUGAGAAGGUUCUGCCUCCAGUCACGCAGAGCAUCAUGGAAUUGGUGGAGAGUCGCAGUGACAUGACAAUCCUGAGGACUGUGCUCCAGAAAACCAAAUUGGACAAGUUCCUGAGCCAAGAAGGUAAAUCCUUUACCCUCUUCGCGCCCACAGAUGCUGCCUUCGAGAAGCUGGAGCCCCACCUCAGACGCACCAUCAAAGACGGAAAUGGCUGUGCUACAAAUAUUCUCAAGAAUCACAUUCUGGACCUGACAUUCUGCUCCUGUGCCGUCCUCAACACUGUCAUGACCAACACGUACAAUCUUCUGGACCAGAAAAUGACCUUUGAGCGCGUUGAUGCUGAGAAGCCAGAAGAGGCAACGGAAAUUGCUGACCUGACAGCCUCCAAGGACAUCACAGUCAACGGAAUGGCCAAGAUCACCGAAGCAGACAUCAUGGCAACAAAUGGAGUGAUCCAAGUGAUCGACACUGUGAUCCCGACUGAGUCAGGAAUGCCCAUCACUUCCAUGCUCGCUUCGCAGAAUCUCACGACCUUCAAGCGUCUCCUGGAAGCUUCAGGACGCGAGGAAGAGUUCGAGAUGAUGUCCAAUGUGACCUUCUUUGUGCCAACGGAUAAGGCUCUGGCCAGGAAUGAAUGGGUCAAUGUUCUGGAGGAGAAACCAUCUUUGCUGCAGAACAAUGAGGAAUUUAUGAACUUCCUGAACUACCACAUUGUGGCUCCUCUGACCAAAACUUGUGAUCUCACUUACGACAUGCUCCAGACCAAAUCCGGAGAGAGCCUUAGGGUCAAUCUCUACGCUACUCAUCCUGUGUUCUCGGACGUCAUGAACAGAGCUACAGUCAACUGCGCCAGACUGAUCCACUUUGACGACGAGAGCUGCGGAUCUGUUUUGCAUCAAGUGGACAAGGUUCUGGAACCGCCCAUGAGGACCCUCCUGGAUCACCUUAAUAUCACCGAGAGGUACAGCAUGUGGCUGGACUUCGUCAAAGCGGCCAAUAUGACGAGCCUACUGGAGGACACAGAGAAGGACUACACGCUCAUGGUGCCUACAAAUGACGUCUUCAGGGAGCAGAGGGAAUGGUACGAGGAGAAACUGAAGAAUCCCGAGCAGGCUGAGAUGAUUGUGAAGAAUCACAUGCUCUCAGAUGUGCUUUGCUGUGCCGGAAUUGUCCCAUCGGACUGGCCAUUUGUGCGCACGAUUGAAUCCCUGAGCGGCCGUCCGUUGCGCAUCGACCGCGGCCGGCGACCUGUUGUGGCCAAUGCCGGAAUAACCAAAUGUGAUGUCGUGGCCAAGAACGGCGUCUUGCACGAGAUUAACGAUGUGAUCAUCCCCAAGGAGCGCCAGAGGACUCCGGUUUCGUCAUUCUUCUGGUGAGACCAGCAUCGUCCUCCAGGCACCCCUUUUCCCACCCAGAGGACACUUCCCUGCUCUCCUCAGCUGUGGCACAUCCUCUAGUGAGCCCCCUCUCUCUCUAAAUUAUAAACAGCAGCCACCCCUUGGCUCAUUCUCAUAACGUUUAAGCACGCAAAAUUAUGUUUAUUUGAUCUACUAAGUGGAUGGCAAAUAAAUAAUGGAGUAAAAGAGA